AACUGCCUCUAGUGGGGGUCCGCAAACUCUCCUAACAUCUCCCCGGCUGCUUUCGGGAACCUCUCACAUGCUUUCUUGAGACGCCCGUGGCUGGCGCCCAUCGGCGCAAUCCUCGUCUAGUGCCCGUCAAUCAUUCUCUUUCACGAUGUUGGAACAUCUAAGCAUCGAACUGGUCGAGCUCAUUGCCUCGUUUCUCGAUGAUUCUAGCUUGAUCGCAUUUCGUUUUGUCUCUCGUCGGUCAUGUCGAGCGACAUACCACUUGUUCGUGAAGCGAUGGCUGACGACUCUGACGACCGACUUCACACCACAGAGCCUGCGCCGCCUCUCUCACAUCUCACGCAACCAUGACAUGGCAUCGCGCGUUCGGUGCCUACGUAUAGCUAAAUGCUACAGACGGGGGCUCGGAUCAGGUCCACAUGUACCCGAUGAUGAAGCUGAUAGCUUCGAGGAGCAGUUCCCCCGGAGCUGGAGCGGCCACAUCGACCUUGACUCGCCACAGGCCGCCCGGCUAAGGAACAUGCUCCUGCGUUUUUCCAAUUGCUCCGAAUUCUGCCUGACCGAUGAAGACGAGGAUAGACUCUGGUCAGAGGCCUCACCUGGCAGACUCAACCCCAUCGACAUAUGCUGGCUCCUGCUCUCCCUUUUCAGUGGGGACGGAAAUGGCGGGAAGAGACUCGAGGUGCGCCGAUUCGAGGUGCAACUCGACAAGGGCCCCGUCGAAGAAGUCCAUGGCUGGUCUCCCAGCUCAGAGCAUGUACACAGAAGUCUUCUGGGCCGUUCUUCAUGGGCCCAGACCCUCCAGCAGCUCAGCAUGAGCUGGCAAUUCGGGCACAGCCUGUUCAACGAGGUGCUCCUGCCAUCGAUUUCAUCUGCCGCCAAUCUCAAAUCCCUGACACUCUCCCACCCGCGUCCCGACGACAUCCACGCCUUCUUCACGGGGCUGGCGUGUGCCCCGCCGGGACAAUCGCCGGCGCUGUCAGAACUCAAGCUUGUCGACUGCGCGCUUGAUUCGCCGGCCGCUUUUAUCAGUGCCAUCGCCCGCGUUCAGACCACCAUCGAGUCGAUAUGGAUUGAGCGCGCCGUGCUGGCCCAGGACGGCGGCAUCCGCGACGUGCUGGAGCUGCUCGCCACCACCACGACCUUGGAGCUGCCGGCCCUGAGGUGCAUCACCGUGGCAGACUGCUACCGCGUCUUCUUCUGCCCGCUCCUCUCCGACCAGCGCGCAAGGGAGCAGUGCGGCGGGGACGGGCUGUUCCAGUUCACCCUGGGAGCAUCGCGGAACCGGAUCCGUGUCAACGGCGUGCGCUACUGCCGGAGCGGUGGAGGUGGCGGUGGUGGUGGUGUUGGUGGUGACAUGGGGCUUGCCCUGUCGGCGCUCGGGAGGGCGUGCUACACGCUGGGGCCGCCGAUGACGGACGACUUUGGGUCAGAUGCACCGGGGGCUUCUCUUCCCCUGGUGUCUUCCCCCGCGGGUGCUAUCGCUGCGGCGGCCGCUGUUGCGAGGACCCAGGCUGGGCUUGUGGUGGCGAAGUUUACCUGAUGCGUGUGAGAUUCGGAGGUUGUGGUUAUUUGCAUGGCGCAUAUAGAUAUUUGUGGGUUUGACAGCGGAAUGAUUUUUGUUCAUGUGCGUCUCCUUCUGUUGUUAUACUAUCCGUUUAGAAGUCAGAGUAGAAUUAGAUCUCAAUAAUAAUAUACGAUCCCUUAUAGGAGCUGUACACCAGUUGGUGUGCGUUUGGCC